CACGCACAGUCUCUGCUCUUAGGGGCGAUGUUCAGGACGCAAGACAGAGCUGUGCUGGGCGCCAAGAGCCUCAACACAAGCUCAGACGCGCUGUCGAGCCGGAACGGUGUCAAGCAAGAGGCCUAUGAUGGUGUUAAACCGACUGGAGGCGCGGUCUAUCGAUCCAAGCAGUACCCCUUCAGACUGUCUUUCUAUCGCAAGCCACCGACGCAAGAAGUGACCAUCGAAGAAUUCGAAUGUUGGGCAAUCGAUCGCCUGAAAGUUCUGGCCGAGAUAGAGGCCCAAUCGUCUCGAAACCGAUCUUAUGACGAUCUCAAUAAGAUCAUUCUUGCUCGUGCGAAGCAAUACCUGCCGCUCUCUUCGUCUUACGUGCCUACAACUAGCCGGUCAGCAUUCAAAAACGGAUUGCCGUUGCCAGGCACGCCGGAACACGCUAUCGAGAGCGAACGACGUAAAGAUCACUACUCUCACUUUGUGCUACGCCUAGCAUUCUGUCGGUCUGAUGAGCUACGAACGCGAUUCGUGCGGGCCGAAGCAUCGCUGUUUCGAGCGAGAUUUGACUCCGAUGAUGCACAAGAGCGUCAGCAGUUUAUCAACUCGCUCAACAUGGAGUGGCAGACCGUCUCGAUGGAAGAAAAGCUAGAUAUAGCCGAGCACCUCAUAGCGGUACACUCUCACCUCCGUACUCACGAGGAUGUGCGUGCAGAGCAAUUCUUCAAGGUACCGUGGACUAAAGUGGCUUCGCUGGUUGGUAUGCGACGCAUCUAUAUCAAACGCGGCGAAGCAUAUGUGCCCGCGAGGGAUCAAGCCUCACUCGUCUUAGAAGAGUUUCAGCGCGAGCUGGCUCAUAAUCUCGAAAUGACCGCGCGCGCUGUGCCUCGAUUGGACGAAGACGAUCGAUUACUGCCCGUUCUCGAGCAUCUCUCGAUGAGCUUCCUGGCCGGCAUGACGUCCGAAUAUACCUCGAUGCGCAAGGACGAAGACGGCAACGCGAUCACUGCAGACAUGAUCGACGACCUGGCGAAGCGUCAUUUUCCGUUAUGUAUGCGCAACCUGCACUCAGUACUGCGCGAGAAGAAGCAUCUCCGUCAUCAUGCGCGUCAGCAGUACAAUCUCUUCCUCAAAGGAGUUGGACUGUCUGUCGACGAAGCGAUUGUGUUUUGGCGGAGAAGCUUCACGAGUAUGUCGGCCGACAAAUUCGAUAAGGAGCACAAGUACAACAUCCGACACAACUACGGUCUGGAAGGCAAGCGAAUGAACUAUCCUCCAAAGGACUGCCAGCGAAUCAUCUCGAGCGAUCAGCCUGGACCGCAAGACUCCCACGGAUGUCCCUUCCGACAUUUCGCAGAGCCCUCUCUUUCGUCAGCGCUUGGCUCGACGUAUCGUAUCACCAACGCAGUCGAUCUGAGAGAGAUCCUCGAGCUUGCCAAGACCGGACAUCCUCACGUUGCGUGUACAAGAGUCUUCGAGAUCACGCAUGGCAUCAAGAAAGGCGAGGGUAUCGGACAAUCUGCGAGCGUCAGUCAUCCGAACAAAUACUUUGACCGAUCCAUGGAGCUUGAGAAAGCAUCUGAAGAUCCGGCGAAUGCUCAGCAAGGCAUGAAGAAGAUCAAGACAGAUCCGGCUCCUCCUGACGCCAGGCCAUCGGUCAAAUCAGAGCUCCAGUCAGAGCCUAAAUCGGAGCUCAUCGAGGCAAGCAUGGACGUCGAUGUCACUGCAUGAUACUCUACUGUUGUACGACAACAUGGUGACCUUGUUCUUUACUAGAGUCCAUCUUUGCUGUUCUGGCGCCGAAUUGGAUCGCCCGCUUUGGCAGCUUGGAUGCAUGCUGCAGACCGAGUAGCUCUCGCGCAGCAUAGCGUAGCACUAGCUUGUCGCCAAUACCGGGCCCUAGCGCAGGGUUGCAUUUCAGAUUGACGGGCGUGUUUGCAAGAGCUGAGAUGACAUUGGCUGCCAGGAAUGGGAAACGUACUUCCUUGCCAUGCGAAGAGAUGACGCGAUCGUCUCGUCCUAGAUUACGGUGACCUAUUCGGUCGAGAUCCAGCUGGAGCUCCUGAACAAGCGCGAGCCAGUCUUGCUUUGAGCUUGCAUGAUUGCGCUCAGAAGGUUCGGCCGGGCUCUGACUGAUAGUGCCAAG